UGGUUCAAAGAGAUGCUCGUCGAGCACGGGUGCGACUUCGAGAGCCGCGCGGCAGCGGCAGAUGACCCCGAGUGGUUCAGCUAUAAGUUCAGCGAGUACAAGGGGUGCGCAGUGCGGGUUGCUCGGGGCACAGAGGCCGAGAUGCCUCCAGAGAUCGUGGACGGCCCCGCCGACGGCUGGUACACGGCGAAGUGGACCGACGGAUCGACGUGGAAGUACCCCGAGCACAUGCGCGCGAAGGACGACGGCAACAAGAAAGGCAACAACAAGACCUCGCCAGCCAAGUUGCCCCGAGUGGAGCUGGAGGACAGCACUAUUUGGACGCGCAUGGCGAAGGACAGGAGCGCCCACGGCCUCGCGCAGGCGAUGCGCACGUGGAAGUCGGGCGAGAAGGAGCAGCAGACACAGGUGAAUUCGGGCCUUUUCGCUACUGAGGAGGAGGCGAUCGAGCAGAUGAAGAUCGCCGUGGUGGACAAGUUCGCGACGAAGGAGAUCACC